CAAGGGGCCUCUUGGCUCCCAGCGCGCCGUGGCGUCCGAAGUCGCGCCAUGGCUGCUGCAUACGAGGAUGACAAGAUUAAUUGGGAAAAGUACAUGGAGCUGAUCAAGGGCUUGGAUUGGCUGACCUACAACCCCCCGCAGAAGAAGCCAGAGUGGACCGGGCGCACACGGAACUUCAACUUCUUCACCCCCAGGACGCCGUGGCUGCGCGGCUUCCCCUUCUGCGUCGCGGAGGGGUUUCGGUGCUACUUGAGAUGCAAAGGUGCCGACAUCAAGCACGUCUACAUUUCGCAGCCCGACGAGUGGUUCAACCAAAUGCUGAGCUCAACAAACCCCGACUGUCCAGAUUGGCUGCGUGGGGUUUGGCACAUGUACGAUGUUUCCUUUCAAUGGCAAUGCUUGGAUGUCGAGGAUAACGUGGCCAACGAGACGGUCGUCACGAUGGAGGACGCGAUGUGGAAAAAUGGGAUCGGCUACAAGUGGCCCUUCGUUAACUGGACCACCGGCUCCAGCUGGUGGGGCUCCGUCUUGCUUGGAAUGAAGUACAGCUUUGUCUGCGCACUGCAGAUUUCUCCGGACAAGAAGUGGAUUUCCUUCUCGCGGGACGACUACAUCUACGUCCUCGGCCCAGAGGACAAGAUGGUGGACGCUACUGGCAAGGAGAUUCCCUUCGUCGUGGGCCAAGACCUGUUGAGGAUCACUUGGACCAACGGAGACCCGAAGCAGGGCAUCUACUACCAGUAUCUGAUGCGGAAAGUUGCCUACAAGGACGAAGACGGGAAACUGGUGAAGACGCCUGCCUACCAGGAUUUGCUGGACAGAGCUACACGGCCGACAGCGGCCGGCUGUUGCUGCAACCUCUGCCUAUGCAACGUCAGCGAUGAGGACUACCCGUCCAUCUACGACCAGUUGGACGAUCACCAGCUGCUGGUGCUGAACGAGACCUCCUACCCCGCGGCGGAGCCAGCGGACCCGGCGGACCUCACGUCGAGGCCGUUGCUGGCCAAGGAAUAGGAGACCUCUUUGGGGGAAAGCGAGGUUUCCGGUUUGGGGUUUGGACGAAAACCAGCCAUGUGCGUUCCUUAAAAUAGGGGAGCCCCUGUUUUAGGACACACCCGAAUGCCGACAAAUGUCGGACGACGCAUGUGAGCACCCCAUGGCCCAUUGCACUGCGAAAUGAUGACGCCGUUUCUCAUCUUUGUGCC